AUGGGAAGCUGCUUAUCUUUCUUUGAGGCUAAACACAACACACCUGAAGAGCGACGGCCACUUCUCCACAAUAGAGUCGAGGAAGAGCAACCGCGGGGAAUGCUAAAUGGCGGUCCCUUAAAAACGCAGCAGUCAGGACUUAAUCAAGGCCCCAGUGAAGAGCAACAAUCACUGGUCAGCGACUCAGCCAAUACAUUCCCUACCGCGCCAUCGAAUUUCGAAGGCGAUCAGAUGCGGAAGCUUGAGAUCGAGAUUCGAGAAUGCCUGCGACAAUUGACGAAAGGCCCAUCAGAGCAAAUAAAUGCAGAGAUCAUCAUACCUAAAGAGCUCAGCUGUUCCUGGACUUCUCGUUACAGACAAUUCUAUAAGCGACAGAGGUGGUACCGGUCUGAAUGGGAUGAGGACGACCUACUGAAGAGUUACCACAGGAUCAUUUCUAUACUUAUCAUGAUAAGAUUCACCGACUGGAAUAGCUUCUGUAGACUGUUCAUCGAGUUGAACAGAAAUGACGAAGCCAUUCCUUUUGAGCAUGACCAGCUCGUGGACGACAGUUUCCUUGGAUCUGACAUAGGCAAGGACUUCUGGAAAGAACAGUGGAAAUUCUGUCCGCUAGUGAUCAAAGAAGCCGAAACGCCAAUAAAGCUCACUGGAAAGGAGGUCCAUCGACGGUUCCCAUAUGUGGAAACGGAGGAAUGGAUUGGUGACGGAGCAAGCUGCACAGUGUACAAACAAGUGAUUGCCGCACGUCAUUUGAUAUACUCUGCGCCUCUUCGAAAUUCCAUUAACACAAAGCCUAAGCGUGUGGCAUGUAAAGUGGUCGAAGGUGGAAAAGUCGAAGAAGUGGAGUUCAAGAACCUGCAAACGCUCCGCGGUGAUCUAUGCACGCAUAACCGCAUCAUGGUCAACAUUGCGACAUUCAUAAAAGGCGAUGAGAUCAAACCAACGUAUAUGAUCUUGUAUGACCUAGCAGCUUACAAUCUGGAGACAUUCCUUGCCAUGGAUAGGAGGACAAAAGACGAUCACGUGAAAGACCACAGAAGACGUCAUGACAGUGCCUCACCAGGACGGAACAACUCGUAUGACCAUAGCGCCUGGGAUUUGGUUGAGGAAAGCCAGAACCUGGCUGAUGCGCUAGACUUUCUCCAUACUCGUCUAUACGAUAACGGCCUUUGGUCCCUUGCUCACAAUGAUCUGAAGCCAGCAAAUAUUCUUGUGUUCUAUCCGGAUCACGAAAGGAAAACCAAGAGAUUCCCAGUGGGCCAAUGGAAAAUCGCGGAUUUUGGACUGGCUAAAAUCAAGAGAAACCUCCGGAAGACCCACACGAAACAAUCCGAUGCCGAAUCCACAGAUUUUCAGCAAUCUGCACCAGCCACGCUUACACCAGACUACACUCACAGGAGAAAUCCUUCCAGCCUUUCAACUGCCUCUAUCACAGACUCGAAAAGGAAUCCUGGCAUGUAUACACCGCCAGAAUUGCGUGGCAAAGGAGAAGCUCAGCCCGACUCCAGAGCGGGAGACCUUUGGGCUUUCGGAUGCGUCUUAUCCGAAGUCCUAGCAUAUGCUGUCUCACCGCCAUUAGUAACCGAACUUCAUCAGGAAAUGGAUAACGGGAGAGAUACCAGGUACUACGAUGAUAGCAAGAUGCUCAUCAAGGAUAAGGCUCAGGCGUGGCUAAAAGAGUUACCGCACCGGUGCAGCGGCGAUCAGGCUGGCGUUUUAUGGGUCCAAGACUGUGUGAAUCUCAUUUUAGAGAUAUUGGUCCCGAAAACGAAUGAGCGAUGCCCUGCAUAUAUAAUUCGUGACAGACUCGCCCGCAUUCACAAUGGCAUGAGCAUAAAUGCCAAGUGGAUUCUGUUGUCUCGCAACGCAGCUCGAGAUUCAUCACAUACUCCGAGAGAAACAUCGCCGGUGCCAAAUGCAAGGCAAGAAUAUCAGAUGGGCCAGAGCUCGCCUUCUAGGAGAAGGGAUCUUUCUCCCUUUCCAAGGCAUUUUAGUCCACCGAAGAUGGUUGAGAGCUCCGUUAAUGGCCCCUUAGUGAGGAUAACAUCUCACGACAAAUAA